AUGUCUUCCUCGUCGAGUCCUCCUCCCUAUCCUGAUCAUGAUAACGGGCCUGCUGUCAAUGGAGUUACCUGGUCAUUCCUAGCGGUGGCAGUCAUAUGUGUUGCGCUUCGCUGUUAUGUGCGACUUAUGGUGGUAAAGAACUUCGGAUAUGACGAUGUACUGAUUGUGGUCACCUUGGGGGUUCUAAUCGCGGGCGAUGUUGUGCUCUCUAAUAUGGUUUCGGCUGGAAUGGGUCGCCAUUUGAUAUACCUCCCUGACCCAACACACUCGGCCCUUGAAAUACUUAAAUGGAACGCCAUUUAUCAAAUUCUCAAUGUUUCCGGAGCUCUUAUCACGAAGAUGUCGAUUGGAUUUUUUUUGCUUCGCCUAAAGCAAAGUCGCAAAUUUUCUCUGGCCAUCUGGGGUGUGUUGACGCCUCUAAUAAUCACCACCCUUGUAUUAUGCUUCGUUGUUGGACUACAAUGCAUUCCCCUGCGGGCUUUAUGGACGCCGACCAUCAAAGGAAGGUGUAUGAGCGAGAAGACGCCCUUAAACGUAUCCUACGUGCAGUCUGCCUUUGCCAUUUUGGCGGAUCUGUUCUUGACUGGUUCGCCCAUUGUCAUCUUAUGGAAGAUCCAGAUCAGUUUAAAAAAGAAAAUCGCUAUCUGCGCCCUAAUGAGCCUGGGUCUGAUGGCAACCAUCGCAAACGCCUUACGUAAUGCAUUUAUUCCGAACCUGACUGCAGAAGAUGAGACUUAUACAAUUGUCCCCAUUGUUAUCGUCGCCGAACUAGAAUUCUCUGUGGGAACUAUCGCUGCAUGCAUUCCUACUUUAAUGCCGCUUUUCAAACGACCAAACCAAAGCAGCAGCUACAACAAGUACAACAAGAUGAGCGGGGGUGCUGUACCAACCAUUGGCUCGGAUCGCCUACGGAGCAACAACUCUCGCCCAAACAAAUAUUCGUUUACGGAGACCACUCAUGCCUCUCGAGCCGAUAUUGGAAGUGUUCAUAGUACUGAAAGCGAGAUACCGCUUAAGUCCAUGAACCAAGAAAAUCGUAUAAAACUAUCCCAGUCUUUUACAGUUGAACAUAGUCAAGCAUAA